AUGAUCGUCAAUGGUGCAUCAGAUACAGUCUUAUGUCGUUGUUUUCCGAAUUAUUUAGACGGUCCUGCACUUGAUUGGUUGUGUGCUUUGCCUGCAGGUUCCAUUUCGCGCUUUCAUCAGUUGGCGAAGUUAUUUGAAGAACAUUUCGCCGGAUCCGUAAUAUAUUUGCACGACUCCGAUUACCUGAACACUAUCAAGCAAGGGCCAAACGAAAGCUUAAAGGACUAUAUGACUCGCUUCACCAAGGUCGCAAUCAGCAUACCAGAUCUCCACCCCGAGGUCCAUCUGCACGCAAUUAAAAGCGGCCUCCGACCCGGGAAGUUCCAGGAGACGAUCGCAGUAUCAAAGCCGAAGACUCUAGCAGAAUUUCGAGAGAAAGCAAAAGGACAAAUUGACAUCGAGGAGCUCAGACAAGCUCGGAAGUCUGACAAGUCACACUUCUGUGAAGAAGAUAAGAGCUCAUCCCUUUUAGAAAAGUUUUAA